UAGCGAAAGGUGUUUUACAGGUAGAAUGUAAAUUCAAGCUGGCUCAUCAACAGUUCUAGUCAAAUGUCUGGGGGGUUUUAACCAAAAUUACGGAUAAUUCUAUAUUAUCUAUUACAUGAAAACAAUUAUUAAUAUGUCGCUAAUAGAGAACAUGAAAAAUGUUUUUAUGAUUCAUACAUAUACUAUAAAAGUUCACCAAUGGAUAACAGUACAAGGAUGACGAUAUGGCAACAAUAUAACUACCAUAGGUACAGAAGUUUUAACAAAUACUGAAAAUAUUUGAAAAUUUAAUAUUGUGGACAAACACCAAAUGUUGAAAUGAAUCUACACGAACAACAUAACGUAUAAAAUAUGAAUGGUUAAAUAACACUAGCCAUGUCCUAUUCAGUAUAAACACGGGUAUUUCUAGAAUUACCCCGUAUUGUUUCAGGUGGGCCUGCUUUAUAUUAUGUAUGUAUAUCAAUCUGUGUGUGGAUUCAGAUACAUUCGAAUCUGCUCAUACUGAUAUCCAGAAAUGAAAGACAAUGGUGAAUACAGGACAAAAUAUAGUUGUAUCAAGGGAACAAAAUGGCGGAUACGAAACUAAGGCUGGCAUACACACACAGUACUGCUAUCUGCAAACUAAAUAUUGUAAACAACUAUGUUGCAAAUACCACAAACUCCCAAAAUAGCUGUUCGAUUGCAAGAAGUAAUAUUAUUUGGCUAAACAACAAUAUAAUAAAAACAUUUAGAGAUGUAAAUGCAAGCUAAUAAUAGUGACAAUCAAUAAUGACGUCACUCUUGUUGUUGUGGAAGAAUGCAAACCUUUAAACUGAACCAUGUCAGUGUUGAUUGUUAUAAAAUCAUCUCUUGAACAAGGGUGUACAUAAUUACAACGCAUAUUGUCAAAUGACUAAAAAGAUUAUAAAGUUAACUUCUCAAUAUAAUUUCGUUUCACUGAGGUGUUACCAGAUGACUAUUUUUCGAAUUUACGCAUUUUCCAUUUUCUUUUUAAAUGAAUUACAAUUAUUUAUUCAUAACACUGAUACUUACCUGAAAUCUUAAUUAUUUUAGUAUAUUAAAUCCGAAUAGAAAUGCGUUGUUCAAACAUGAAAGCGCCUGGUGCUAAAAAUAGAUCACCGCGCGGUGCAUUCUGGGACGUAGUAUAAAAGGCAACUCUCCCGCCGGCAGCUUCACAGUCUAUGGUGGACAGCCGUACAGAGAACUUCUUCAAUUGACAAUAGUAGAAAUACAGGAAUGCUUGCUGUUGAGUCUGGGGUUUGGGCCGCCUUUCUCAACCAGUCGGAUCUAGAUCUGACAACUUACAUCAAUCCACAGACGGACUGCGAGAACACCCUGUUCCCAAAGACUCUGAUCGAUGAACCAUACCAGGACUUAUCUGUCGAUGCUGUAGAUGAUCUGCUCCGAUCACUAGCGGGGGACAACGCCUCGACCCCACCCCCAAGUGAAAGCGAUGUUCUCUUGCCAGAGGAACCGUCGACUAUAAUCCCCACCUCUGUGUUUGAUUCCACCCCUCCAUCCACCCCGAAACCUCAAGAUGAGUCUAAGGAGGAAAACCUUGUGCCCCGUCACAAGAGACCCGCCCAUAAACGGGCAGAGGUGAAACGGCGCGGGAAGAUAAAGACCAACUUAGAUGACCUCCGUGACCUGCUCCCUCCAAUCCACAAUCAACGGAAAAGCGAGUCACUAAUUCUUUCAAGAGCGGCCGACCAUUGUCGCCAGUUGAAGGCCGAGAGAGCUCGUGUCGAGGAGGAGAAGUCGAAACUUCGCGCUGAGAUAACCGCCUUGACAGCCGAGAUUGACUCGUUCCAAAAGGACCUUCCGGCGAUGGGUCUGAAGGCUGAUGGUUGUAUCGUCAAGACAAAGUCAAUGGAUAACAUGUAUAAGGAAUACAUUGAGGAUCGCACGAGGGGAAACUGGAAAUUCUGGAUUUUCAGUUUCAUGAUGCGACCAUUGUUUGAGACUUAUACUACCGGUGUGUCCACCUCAACCAUUGAAUCCUUUCUGUCAUCGGUCCGUCAAUGGACAGAUGACACCCUCGGACUCGCCAAUCUCAGAUCUGUGAUAACACGUGGUGUUCUACGUGUCAGCAAAGAAACUAGCAUACUCACAAAACCAGGGUCGCUCCAACAGGAAGCUGCACAAUCAACUGAGAGCUCCAUUUCAUAGUAUCAUUCUUCCUCGAGACACUUCUCGAGAACUGUAAAUACUAAUUUGUAAAUAUGUAAUUGUAUCCUAAGGACUUCGAGAGGCAGCAAAUACUCAAGUCAUAUUCUCACCACAUCACCCAUCAUUUUCUCAUACAGAAUCACAAUUUUGCAUUUAAAAACCGAGAAUCUUGCCGUAUCGCAUGCUGUAUAUUAUGUCUUGUCACACUAAUAGGCUAACCAUCUUGUCACCUAGCCUGGUAAAGACAAUCCGGUUUUAGAGUUAGUUAUGCAAAUGAAUAAGUUAUCUGGAUUUUACUUUUUCGUUUCUGAAGCAAAACUUGUUAAUUUUGAGAAGCGUUUUUUUUUCAAUGGCCAUAUUAUAAGGGUAAACGUCCAGGCAAAUUCUCAAAUGAACUUUUGUACAUUUUUUAGAUGCGGAUACAUGUCAUGGCAUGUUAUCCUGAUUACAUAGAUAGAUUGUGGCAGUAGAUUCCAUCAUCUGUUUUUGGAUGUUAAGUAUAAACCAAUAGUUACAUCUCGAGGAGCUUGGAAAUGUCUAUGAAGCACACGUAUUGGUAUAUUAUCAAUUUGUGUAUGAACUGUAAAUACUCAAGUCUCGUGGAUAUUCAGAGUCAAGAAACUAUAUUGUCUUUAAUCCCAAAUAAAUAUUCUUUCUAUUCAAAGAUUUAAAAUAUAUUUUUCAGAUUUUAUCAGUUUGGACUUAAACUAGUGAUCGUAUAUUUUCAUUUACAAGAAGCCAUUUUAAUGAAGAAAUUGUAUUUUACUCGUUAGAGGAUUGUUUACAUAGCAAAGAAUAUUUUUAUAGUCCCAUGACAAGACCGUUAGAGACAUGCCUGUUAAUAUUUUCUGAAAGAGAUAUCAUGAAGUGAUACAAAUAUCAGAACACUGCUCAACUUGGCUGGUUGAUGAGCAUUGUACCGUUACAAGGACGAGCUUUAAUGUUGUGUUGUCUGUCUGAUGUACAGUGUUGAUGUGUAUUACUAGUCUGUUUGUCUGAAUAAAGACAAGUAUUCAAAUAAA